CGACCCUCGCAACUCUCGCAAACAAACGCAUUAUUAUCCACAUAUCCGGAACUCAACCCAGCCACAACAGCCACUUCCCCUCACAGUUUCAUAAGCAGCGCACCCCUCCCAAGUCGCUCCCAUUCCAAGAACCCGUCUCUUCAAGAUGUCCCGAGCCUACCGCAAGCUCAUGCGAGAACGCGACGGUCUCGUCCCGCUAGCCGUCCAACCGAAACAGAACACCAACAGCCUCAACCCCGACAACGAAGUCACCACCGACGAGGAGGGAGAGGGUGAUAGUCAGCAUCCGGCGGGUGGACAGCAGAGUUUGUUUGCUUUGUUGGGUGGCGAUGACGUUGAUAGCGAUGAAAGCGACGAAGAGGGGGCAGACUCAGAUACCGCAAAGGGACUCAAGGCCGCCACAACAACAGCAGCAGCCACCGUCAAUGGGCAAGACAAUGACGAAGACGACGCUGAGGAUGACGAGGAGGAGGAGCGGAUAGGCAAGCCAGCAGCAAAGAGGAAAUCGAAGAAGAAAAAGAACAAGAAGAAGGGGAAGGGUGGAGGGAAGGAGGUCGUGGUGGAGAAUGAAGGAAAGGGGAAGGGGAAGGGGAAGGCUGUUGAGGACGGGAUGGAUGAGAUUGAUCGGACGCUGAGGGAGUUGAAUGAAAAGUUCGGCGACAUCUUAACGCCAACAUCCACAGAACCUACUAACCCCAACAACACCGACUCCGCCCGCCGCGACCUCCUAUCCAUCGACCCCCGCUGGCUCGACGCCGAUGCCGAAAUGCGUAAAAUGUUCGGCUCCCGGGUCGUCAACGACGAAAUCCGGCGCAAAAAGUACAUCCGCAGCGCCAAACGCACCGCCCUAGCCGUCCCCCGCGAACACUGGCCCAAACCCGACAAACUCGGCCUGACCAUGGAACUCGAAUCCACCGCCGACGACGGCACCCUCUACUUCACCUUCGUCCAUUCCCGCGCGUACCAGGAGAUCCAGCACGUCUUCAUCCAGUGCGUCAACACCCACGACCCAAACACCAUUCAGAACCUGCUGCAGAUGUACCCGUACCACAUUGACACCCUCCUCCAGCUCAGCGAGAUUGCAAAACACGGCGGGGAUAUCGCUAUGGCCGCUGAACUCGUCGAACGCGCGCUGUAUGCGUUUGAACGCGCGUUUCAUUCCAUGUUCAAUGCCGCCACGGGCCUCGCGCGGCUGCCCUACCAGCGGUUUGAGAAUAGAGCGUUCCAUUUGGCCCUGUUUAGACAUAUCGGAUACCUCGCGCGUCGCGGGUGCUGGCGGACCUCGUUCGAGUUUGCGAAGUUCCUCCUGGCGCUCGAUAUUGACGCCGACCCGCUUGGAACGCUGUACAGCAUCGACGCGUAUGCGCUGAACGCGAAGGAGGAGGAAUGGUACCUCCGCUUCGUAGACGCUUAUCAAGAGUCCCUGGGACUGCUCGACUAUCCGAACCACGCGUACAGCCUCGCACUCGCCAAAUGGGCCGUCGAGGCCAAAAACCACAAAUCGUCUUCUUCAUCAUUACACGCAGAAAGCACAACCCUCCUCCACACAGCCAUCCGCACCUUCCCAACCCUCAUCCCCCUCCUCCUCGACAAAUGCGGCUCCAGCGUCGCCGGCGUAACCCCCGACACGCCCUUCUUCGUCGACGAGACUGACUCCUUGGCGUUGCGGUUACAGGUGGAAUUGUAUGUCGAGCGCGCGCAUUCGAUGUGGAAGGUCCCUGAGGUGUUGGCGUGGUUGAGGGAGGGUGUGAAAUCUGUGCUGGCGGAAGGCGGGGAGCGGGGGAGCGGGGUUGGGGAAGGGGAGGUGCCGAGGAAUUUGUCGAGGCAUAUUUUCAUUUCGGGUAUGUCAUGCUUCCACCAACCCGUAUCUUCAUCUCCCACCGCCAUCCCACUCACACAAUACUCACCCCCGGUGUGACUUUCGCAGACUUCCCAAACAUAACCUCCGCCCUCCCCCGCACGCUCGCCUCAACCGACCUCCAAUCCCACGACCCGCUUCCUCCACCAAGCACCACCUCCCGCGCACCCACGGGCCUCUCCCUCGACUUCACCAACCCCGUGACCGCAGCCGGCGGCGGUCUCAGGACAGCGCUCGCGGCCCUCGCGGAUCAGAUAAGACGACUGCGACGGGGGGAUGGGGAUGGGGAUGGGGAUGAUCUCGGGGAUCUAGAUCCGGGCAACGGGUUGGAGGAGGAGGAGAAUGAGGAGGGGG